AUGCACCGUGUAUUCCUUUUCUCGGUUCUGUUCGCUUCGUUUUACGAUUCUUCGAGUAGUUUGAUCCGCGAGAGGAACAAGAGGUUCCUGGUCUUCCCGAAACCAGGAGACAUAGCGCCGACGAAAGUACAGUUAAUCCUCGGCCUCGGUUUACCUAUGGAAGUCGACGUCAGCCUGAUUAUCGGAUAUGUGAUGAAAUUUAAUUACGUCCUGCCCUAUAACGCCUCCUACUUGACGGAUUCAUACGUUCGGUAUGACAGAUCGAUCAGCCGCAGUGUCGAAGCCAACGAGAACGACGACCCCUCGCUGGUUCACCAAGCAGGCAAAGAGGCGCGUGUCAUCUCCAGGUGGGAAAUUUACGAAAUUCUCGAGUCGGUCCUUGGCGACACGCGGUCUGGGAAAGCCUGCCUUCUCAGAGCCAUCUGCGAGGCGUCCGCGAUGCCCUUCACCGGCGUUCACAGUCUUACUUCUCAAUUCGUUCAUCUUCUCCUUACGCCGUCCACCACCUUCGAGCCUUUCAGGACCGAUUUCGAUCGAUUAUAUCGUGCUGCUGAAAUCAUGGGCCGACGAGAAAUUCGAAGCUGCGACAGGUUGUUUCCAGAAUGCACGUCGAGCCCUUUGGAAUACUUCACGGAAGUCCAUGACUGA